CUGAGCAGUUAAUUUAUGAAAAUAAUUCUUUUUAUAAUCUUCAAUGGGAUAAUGAGGCAUCUGGUGGUCGCUUGGACAAUUUUUUUAAACCAGUAAAAAAAUUAGAAGUUAAAUAUGAGAUGUCAGAUUCAGACGUAAGCGAUUCAGAUAUAGAAAAUAACAGUUCCAUUUCAGAGCAAAUAAAUAAAUUAAAGAAUAAACUUAAAGAUGUGAAAAAUAUGAAUGCUUAUGAAUAUCUUCGCUUUCUGGCUGUGCAUAAAUAUCUUACUGCAAUCUUCAACCAUGAAGAGUCACAUUCUCGCAUAAAACUAAGUCUCGAAAUAUCACAACAAGUCUUUCAACGUGGUCCAUGGAUGGCACGUCGCAUUCGUGA